UCAUCACUCUACGAGAGUCUCUUUGGGAUAUUGGCUGUUGAAUUAAUUAUGAUGCUGCCAAACGCCAUUGUAAAGAUGAUUCCGUCGUUUUCGCCAUUCAAAAGAAAAAUAUAUUGAGUUAGCAUUAGAUCGACGAUCUCUGUCCGAUGACUGCAGGGACCCAAUAGAGCACUGCCUAUAUUGUGUCAUAUUUGGUGAAUUGAGUCAUUAUGCGGUGGACUUAAUAUUCUUUCGCAAAUUCAGUUAUGCUUCCUGAACUUUUUCUUUUGCAUCCAGAGUUAAAUGAGAAAAGGAGAUUGAAUACGUGUUAACACUAGGAAUUUUAAGUGUGGUCUUCUGGCUAAAGUUUAAUCUGAUUUUUCCCAAUAAUUGUUGCUGAGUCCUCUGGUGCAAUGCCAAAGCUUCGGUGAAUUUUACACUAGCAAAGCAUAAUGCUGGAACACGAUCUUUUGCAAUCAAAGUAGCGGGAUCACUUUUCUUCAUAUGAUUAUUUUAUAUCCGUAUUUGCUGGUGUGUUCAGAAAUUUCGAAUUAAAUUUCUGUUUUUUUUGGAAUAAUGAAUAAGUUGGACGGUCUGAUAGAAGUUUUAAGACUUCGCGAUAUAAGAGUAUUCAAGAAAGAUUCUGACGAGAAAUCUUUCAUUAAUUAUGAUGAGCUGGAUGAAGCGUACUCGGAGGAAGAGGAUAAAAAGUCCCGUUUCCUUGGAUACUGCCCAUCAUGUUCCUGCUGCCGGUGUAUCGCGCAGCGCUACCUGGUGGCGUUACUUAGCAGCAUUGGAUUUCUCAUCUCCUUCGGGAUUCGCUGUAACAUGGGUGUGGCUAUUGUAACCAUGACAAAAAAUGAUACAAAUGGCGAAGAAAACCACGCUCCCACUAACAUCCUCAUGAAAGAUGGAAAUGUUACCGCAGUUAAUAAAACGAUUCAUCCUUUACUACAACUGCCCCAGUUCUUAUGGACCCCAGAGACUAUUGGUAUAGUGGACAGCUCGUUUUUCUGGGGGUAUAUCGUGACCCAGAUACCUGGAGGAUAUUUAGCAUCCAGAGUUCCUGCCAACCGAAUAUUUGGAUUAGCCAUAGGAAUUUCAUCUUUUUUGAACAUCCUUGUGCCGGGGGCUGCUCAAGUUCACUACGGUCUGGUAAUGGCCGUCCGUAUUCUACAGGGACUAGUUGAGGGAGUGACUUAUCCUGCAUGUCACGGCAUAUGGCGACACUGGGCCCCGCCCCUGGAACGGUCAAGAUUGGCUACCAUUUCCUUUUGUGGAUCUUACGCGGGUGCUGUCUUGGGGAUGCCGCUCUCUGGAAUCCUGACUAAAAACCUGGGUUGGCAGUCCGGAUUCUACGUAUUUGGUAUUCUUGGUAUGAUUUGGUGUAUAUUCUGGAUGAUAUUUUCCUUUGAAAAACCGUCAACAAAUCCUCAUAUCACACAGGAGGAGCGCAUUUAUAUAGAGACCUCUAUCGCCGAAUCUGGUUGUCUGGUGGACAAGGACAUGAAGACCCCAUGGUUAAAGUUCUUUUCAUCCAUGCCGGUAUAUGCUAUAAUAGUGGCCAAUUUCUGUCGGAGCUGGACCUUUUACCUUCUGAUCAUUUCCCAACCAAUGUACUUUACAGAGGUGUUCCAUUUUGAUGUAUCAAAGAGCGGAAUCUUAGCUGCCCUUCCACAUCUUGUUAUGGCAAUCAUUGUACCCAUCGGUGGAUUCGCGGCAGACAAACUUCGACAGCGCCUCUUGACAACUACGCAUGUCAGGAAAAUAUUUAACUGUGGAGGGUUUGGUCUAGAAGCAUGCUUUCUGCUUGGUGUUGCAAUCACGAGAAACACGACUACGGCUAUCGUGUGUCUGACCCUAGCCGUUGGAUCUAGUGGUUUUGCCAUCUCAGGUUUCAAUGUCAAUCACCUUGACAUCGCUCCACGCUUUGCCAGUAUUCUGAUGGGGCUCUCUAAUGGUGUCGGUACUCUCUCCGGUAUGCUGUGUCCGGUCGUUACGGAACUCCUGACCAAAAAAGGGACUGCUGAUGAAUGGCAAAACGUCUUCAUCAUCGCAAGCGUGGUGCAUUUUCUCGGCAUCAUCUUCUAUGGCAUCUUCGCUUCCGGCGAAAAGCAGGCAUGGGCGGAACCACCGGAGGAAGACAAGUGGCGCCCUGAAGACACACUUAAAGCAGAUGGUUCUGGAAAACUGUUUUCGUAUGGUGCUUUCCAUGGAAAUGACAGCAACCAAGUAGAUGACAAAAUGAACGGAGGGGUUAUAUCAAACGGACAUGUAGGACGCAGCAACGUGGAGAGUGGGGAAUAUGGCGGAUUUGACAAAAGUGAAGAAUACUAUAACAACGGAUAUGGAGGGGAUUAUGGGAAGAGAAUGUCAUUCGACGCACCAUUAUAUAGUACUAAAGAGGAACUUGUACAAGUGCAGUCAAAAGAUAGUUAUUUAAAUGACAAAAGAGAAUUAUAAUAUUUGUGAUAAUAUAAGGUAAAACUUGAAAUUAGAAUCAUGAAAUCAUCGCACGACAACGACCUCGUCGCUAUUGAAAAGUUCAUCUCCUAGUUCUUUACAGUUUUUCGAUAUUGUUCCAGCAGAGAGUAGAUUUUCAUUACCUUCAUGUUGUGACUAUUCUACCAAAUAUUAAACUGAUAGUGACUACAAGUAAUAGGCAGGUAGUUCACUACAAUGAUGUCCCUGUAAUUAGUUAAUGAUGUCCCUGUAAUUAGUUAAUGAUGUCCCUGUAAUCAGUUAAUGAUGUCCCUGUAAUGGAAGCAAAAAUGAAAACUGCAACUACCAUACCCUUACAUUUAAAAUUAGAAACAUGCAAAACAAGACGAACAAUAUUAUGUCAAGUGUUCAUUCCACAAUAAUGGGGUUUUUGUGUCUUUAUUUGCGAUGUCCUUUCUUUUACGAGUGACAUGUUUAGUUCCAGUUUGCAAUAAACUCUUGAAUAAUCACAUUUACCAUAAGGAAUGUACAACGUGGACCCUAUUUGUGUCUUUAUUUGCAUUAUGCAUCCAUUUACAAGCGAUAUGUUUUGUUCUAAGCUGCAAUAAACUCUUAAUCAGUCGCAUUUACCAUAUGCAUAAGGAAUGCAGGUAUACAACUCUACUAUAAUCUUAUUCACUUACUUGUAUAGUGUUGUUACAUGUACAUCAGAUGACGAAUCAUUAUAAGAUAGGUUAACUUUCUUACCAUUUUGAUGCACUUUAGUAUCCUAGAAAUCUAAACAAUAUAUGAAAUUAGUUGGAUCUCUUCGUAUCGUCAAUUGUAUACAUUUUAAAAUAGAAUUAUAGAUUCCCUUCGAUCUGAGAGAACGUCCUCUCCGUAUUCAUGAAUAUCACGAGUUGGAAUUCAAGCAAAAGUAAAAUGGAAAUGAGAUUAAACUGAUAAAAUGGACGAGACUGAUAAAACAAAGAAACCGUAGGUAAGGAUAAAUAAAGCUUAAGAAAAUAUCACUUAGCGUUCAGCAGCAAUGAAUUUUAGAAUGUCGUUUAUGACGAUAUAUGUAGUGUGCUAGAGUUUAUUUUUAUAUAAUAAACUUCUCAGUAGAGAAACCUGUUAGACAUUCGUUAAUUUUUGUUAAUUGGUUAAUAUUUGUUAACAUAUUGUAGAAUGUGUGAUUAUGCAAACGUAUACAGUAAACUUUUGUUCAAUGCAA